UUUUUACUGCAAGAGGUACAGAAUCUGUACUACAGAUAGAACACACUCCUGUUGUACGGAGUACUGAGUACUUAUUACCUCCAUAAGAAUUACUUCAUUCAAAAUUGUUCAAAAUAAUAAUUUGGCAUCAUUCGAGUACAGUACAUGUUUUGAUUAAUUUUGUUAACAAGUAGUAAUAUUAUUAAUACGAAAUUUCAUUUAAUUUAUGAUAAUAUUUUAUGAGUUCUAGUAAAGGUUAUUGUUUUAUAAUAUGUGCGGCAUCAUAUGCGAAAUUAGAAGCUCUGGAUGUACUUCAAUUGUUGACACAAAAGUAGUGCAGCGCAUUAAAAACAGAGGUCCAGAUUGUUUUCAUACAUCCGAGAUUUCUGACGGUAAUUUGGAGCUAUUUUUCUGCGGUGCAGUUCUGUGGAUGCAAGGAACAAUUCCAGUUAAACAACCUCUAGAGAAUGACAAUGGAGUUUUACUUUUUAAUGGAGAUAUUUUUGAUGACACUUGGAACAGUGGAUUUAAUGACACAGAAAUAAUUAUGGACAAACUUAGCCAUGCAGAUUCAGAGGAACAUAUAUUAAAACAACUUAAGUUACUUAAGGGUCCAUUUAGUUUAAUUUAUUAUGAUAAACUAGAAAACAAUUUGUAUUUUACUAGAGACAGAAUUGGCAGAUGUUCUUUAUUAUUCUGUAAAAAAGAAGAUUCUUUAGUUAUUAGCAGUGUUAUGGGAAGAAGUUUUAAUUGCACUGAAGUACCAGCAGGUAAUAUUCAGAAGCUAAAUUUGAAAACUUUUGAAAUCACCCUGUAUCCGUGGCAAAAUGAGAAAAGGGAAAGACAAUGUGCUUUAGAUGAUUGGCUAGAGGAAAUACAAAAUCAACAGAAUUUACCUGAUGACAAAUUUAUCUUUGAUUUUGAUUCAAAUCUAGAUCUCAAUGAUGAGAUAUCAUUCAAAUAAUAGAGUCAGAAGUUAGAAAAAAUGAUGAUAAAAUAACACUAAUGAGAAAUUUGAUCAAUAUAGAAAGUAUAAAAAAUGUUGUUCUAAGAAUUACCGAUUU